AUGUCUGACAGUAUCAAGACUUUAGCAAAUGACAGCGAGUCUGCAGUCAAGAAAGAAUAUCCUGAAGGAACAUUUCAACGACUGUUCUGGGACCAGCAGAUGAAGGCACUGAACUGCUCCAAUAAACGUGGAAUGCGAUACCACUCGAUGUUCAUCAAAUGGUGUCUUAACAUUACAUUAAGGUCAUCAGCAGUAUACAGGACCAUGAAAGAGUCUGGUGUGUUACACUUGCCAAGUGAAAGAACUCUUGCAGAUUACACCCACUGGACAAAAUCUGGUAAUGGGUUUACUGCCGAUGUGAUGAAGCAACUUUAUCAAGAAUGUGGUUUCACCGAACUUGAAAACCAUCAGAAGUAUGUGGUACUUCUACACGAUGAGGUGAAAAUCAAAGAUCACCUAGUAUAUGACAAAACCAAUGGUGAACUAGUUGGCUUUGUUGAUAUUGGAAAUUUCAAUAAUUCUCUAAGGAAAUUUGAAAAGAAUCUCCAGGAUGAGUCUACAAAGCCUACUAUAGCUAAAUACAUGUUGGUAUUUAUGGUACGUGGCAUAUGUAUUUGGCUGAAUUACCCUCUGGCUCAUUUUGCCACAACGUCGAUUACCUCCGACUACCUAUACCCACUGGUGCAUGAAGCAAUUGAGAUCCUUGAACUUUAUGGUUUUAAGGUGCUAGUUUCUACAUCAGAUGGUGCUUCUCCCAAUAGACGAUUUUAUAAACUGUAUGGAGUACCAGACGAUGAAGUGACGUACAAAACCUUAAAUCCAUAUGCAGAAGAAGAAGAAGAAGAUAGAUUGAUGUACUUCAUGUCAGAUGUGCCACACCUAAAAUUAAGACAACGAGGAAUUUCUGAGCCAACUCUGGAUCACACAACAAAAAAAGGCUAUUAUGGUGUGGAAGACUUGUACAAAGCAGACUUGGACAGAGGAUCGUUUCUAUGCCACAAGCUGAAAUAUGAACAUGUACAUUUAACAUCAUUCUCAAGAAUGAAGGUGAAAUAUGCAGCCCAGUGGCUGCAGGAAAAUUUCCUGAGGUACCUGUCUGAUUGGUCUGAUCUUGUGAAUGCCAGAGAGGAUUACUCAAAGAAUGAGAAGAAUAAAAUGCAACUAAGUAAGCAGAUUGUUGAUGGCCUUUUCAUGACUGAGUCAAAAAGAGAGGCGACUCCAAAAGAUCUAAUGAGCAUAUCUAGACUUACAAGCACCUUUAUGGUCGCCUCGUAUGCCGGUUUCCAUUAA